UGGAGCCAACGUUCUCCAGCAAAACGUAUCCGGAGCAGGGGAUGAAAAAGUGGAAAGAACGGAGGAUUCACUUCGCCCCCUACUGGCCUGAGCUUCAAUGCAGCAAGAAGGAUGAAGGCCAGAAACCCUAAGUGCCCAAGGUGGGAAGGCGAGGCGGCUGCUGCGUGGGCGGAACCAACCCACCCCACCCCACCCCACCCCGCUUCCCUCCUUAGAACAAGUCUCUUGGGUCCGCGAGGAGCGGAGGGUCGCAGGCAGAGCGCUCCGGGCAGGACAUUCCUAGACAGUGGGAGACUCCCUGGUCUCUUCAUGGUCGGAUCGGCGGACGCAGCUGAGCUUGUAUGAGCUCUGCGCGCGAAGCUCUCCGCCUUGCUCUGGGGAAGUAGGGAACCCCCAUUGGCUGAGAGCUGGAGUCGACCUCGUCUCCUGAGAAACAGCACCUCAGGCAGGCUAGGGGGCGGGAUAUCCGGAGACGUUGGCGGGAGGCAGGACUUCCUGUAACCAGCGAGGGCGCGUUGUGGCUCUGGCUCGCAAACCUACUUCCCCCUAUAUCCGCACCCUAAUUUCCCACCUAGAUGGCGGAGGUGAAGGCCCAGGGCCGCCUGUGGCUGGAGAGCCCUCCUGGGGGAGCACCUCCCAUCUUCCUUCCCUCGGACGGGCAAAUCCUGGUCCUGGGCCGGGGACCCCUGACCCUGGUUACGGACCGGAAGUGCUCCAGGAACCAAGUGGAGCUGGUUGCAGACCCUGAGACACGGACGGUAGCAGUGAAACAGCUGGGCGUUAACCCUUCUACCGCUGGGACCCAGGAGUUGAAGCCCGGUUUGGAGGGCUCUUUGAGGGUGGGAGACACACUGUAUUUGGUCAAUGGCCUGCACCCACUGACCCUGCGCUGGGAAGAGACCCCCACACCAGGAUCCCAGCCAGACAUUCCGCCUGGCGCCCCCCUGGUGACUCCAGCCGAGGAGAGGAAGGAGGAGGGUGCUGAGCAGCAGGGAAAGAGGGUGCGGAAGUCAUCCCCUGGCUGGGAGAACUUGGAGAAGCUGCUGGUGUUCGGAGCACCUGGGGUGAAGCCCCGAGGCAAGGUGGCUGCCUUUGACCUGGACGGGACCCUGAUCACCACCCGCUCUGGGAAGGUCUUUCCCACGGGCCCCAAUGACUGGAGGAUCUUGUACCCAGAGGUUCCCAGGAGGCUCCAGCAGCUGGACACCGAGGGCUACAAGCUGGUGAUCUUCACGAACCAGAUGGCUAUCGGGCGAGGGAAGCUGCGAGCAGAGGAUUUCAAGGCCAAGGUGGAGGCUGUGGUGGAAAAGCUGGGGGUCCCCUUGCAGGUCCUGGUGUCCACGCACGCGGGCCUGUGCCGGAAGCCGCUGACUGGCAUGUGGGAGCAUCUGCAGGAGCGGGUGAGCCCCCGUCCCCUCGCCUCCAAGCUUGGUCGCCCCCGUCUACAGCCGGCAGUCCUCGAUGUUGGCCUGCGGAGCAGGUGCUCUCAGUCACUGAAAUCCGCCGAGGGGAGAUCGCUCGCUCGUUCAUUCGCUCGCUCGUUCACUGCCUCGCGCGUGUGUUCUGGAGCCCAUUAAUACCUUGCGGGCGGGCUGGCGCGGGACCCCGGAGGGAGGCCCCGGGGCUCAGGGACCGCCGCGUUCGGGGAGGGGCC